CUCUUCCGCCCCGCCCGAGGCGCGGCAUGGCGGCGGGGCCGCUGGACUGCCACUGCCACCUCGCCGCGCCCUGCUUCCAGGCGGUGAGGCGCGGACGGGCGGGUGGCUGCGGUGCCGGCCCCGGCCCUGGCCCUGUCGCUGAGGCGGUGCGUGUCUCUUGCAGGACGUGGCGGACGUGGUGCGGGCGGCACAGCAGAUUCCCAGGGUUUGUUUUCCCGUGCCUGGGAGUUCACCCGGUUCAGGAGGUUUCACCAGAGGAGCAGCGCAGCGUUACAUUGAAGGAUCUGGAUGCUGCAUUGCCACUUAUAGAACUCUACAAAGAUAAACUGGUGGGGAUUGGGGAAGUUGGACUAGAUUUCACUCCCAGAUUUGCCAGCACGGAUGAACAGAAGGAAGGACAAAGACAGGUUUUGAUCAAGCAGAUUGAGAUAGCGAGAAGACUGGAUUUGCCUUUAAAUGUUCAUUCCCGCUCAGCUGGAAGACCGACCAUUAACCUCUUAAAGGAACAAGGUGCUACCAAGGUGUUGCUCCAUGCCUUUGAUGGAAAGCCAUCUGCUGCAAUGGAAGGGGUGAAAGCUGGAUACUUCUUCUCCAUUCCUCCUUCCAUUAUAAGGAGUGAACAGAAGCAGAAGCUUGUGAAGCUGUUACCACUGGAGAAUAUGUGCUUGGAAACUGACUCUCCUGCUCUGGGGCCUGAAAAACAGGUGAGAAAUGAACCAAAAAAUAUCUACAUUGCUGCAGAAUACGUUGCCAGAAUUAAAGGAAUUCCAGUUGAAGAAGUUAUAGAAGUCACUACACGGAACGCACUGAAAGUAUUCCCCAAACUUCGGAACUUUCUUCAGAUAUAGAUUGAGAAACUGAAAUAUGAUAUUGCAGAAACUGUUAUUUAUGGGUUAAUUAAUAAAGUCAAUGCCCAUCUUGUUUUAAA